AUGGUCCUCAAGCUCUAUGGCUCUGCUAUAGCCACAUCCCGUGUCCUGGUCACUCUACUGGAGAAGGAAUUGCCAUACGAAUUUAUCCUCGUCGAUCUCGCAAAGGGAGAACAGAAGGGCGAGGAGUACAAAAGGCUACAACCUUUUGGCAAAGUGCCUGUCGUAGACGACGACGGGCUUGUGUUGUUUGAAAGUAGGGCUAUUUGCAAGUAUCUUGACAAAAAGUACGCUUCUGGAAAGAGGCUUAUGCCAGAAGAUGACGAGGCCUAUGGCCGCUUCGAACAAGCUUGUUCUGUCGAACAGAGCUAUUUCGCAGCCGCUGCUGAAACCAUCGGAACCGAGCUUAUUAUCAAGCCAAUGAAAGGACUCGGUCCUCCCGACGAAGCACGGGUCGCACAAGCUGAACACGACCUUGAUGCCGUUCUUUCGGUUUAUGACGAGAUCUUGGCCGGACAGAGGUAUCUUGUUGGAGACCAAUUUACUUUAGCUGAUUUUUUUCACUUGCCCAAUGGAGCAGCUUUGAAGGCAGGUAAAUGGAAGGAGGUAUUUGAAAAGUACCCGAAUGUGGACAGGUGGUUUAAGGAAUUGCAAGAGAGGGAGAGUUGGGUGAGAGCUGCUACUGAAGCAGGAACUGUACCAUGA